CGGCUGUAGGUUCAUUUGAUGUUUUGAUUCACGGGUGGAGGUUCGGUCGAUUGUUUGAGUGGCCGGGGCCGCGAAGCUUGAAUUGAACCCGACUGAUCGUGGCUCAAGCUAUUGCAAAACCUAGCCUAAGGUGUGCCACCAGCACAUUAUGGCGCGCGGUCUUGCCCUUUUAACGUGUGGGGUGGGCUUGGCGCUUUUUGCGCCGGCCUUUACGCCCAGUUUGCCGCGCUCUGGGCUCUCUGCAAUGCCAAAGGCUGGGCCUCGCAGAGAGAGCCUGACACAGCGAGCCGCAGAUGGUUCCGGAUUGAAGCCAUUUGGACCAGUGGUGGCCUACGCCAAGGCGCUUAUGGAUGCGGCGAUUGAGAAGAAAGAGAUCGUUCUUGUCACCGAUGAUGUGCUGAAGAUCAAGGAUCAAUUCCUUGAGGAGGAGUGGCUGGAGAAGCUCCUGCUGAUACAGAGCAACCCAAAGUUUUCUGCACUGCAAAAGGCAACGGAGACCGUCAAGAUUUUGCCGAAGCUCAAGUCAACCGUGAUGCCGAAGUUCAUUGUAUUUCUGGCGAAGAAGAAUCGCCUUCGUGGUCUGAAAAGAAUCUGCCUUGAGUACGUUCAGAGUAUGUACUUUAAUCAGUCAAUCACACCAGUCACGGUGAAAGUUGCUCAACGCCUAACAGAGCAGCAGAUGGAGAAGAUCAAAGAGAAGAUGAAGAAAAAGGCAGGCACCAGGGACAUCAAGUUGGUCGUGGAAGUGGAUCCCAGCCUCAUCGGAGGGCUGCAGCUUGAGUGGGGCUAUACUGACCCCCAGAAUCGCUACGCACCAUCAUAUGGUGUUGACUUGUCACUGAAGAACAUUUUGGAGAAAAGAGCCCUUCAGAAAGGAGUGGUGACGGCAGCUUGAUGGAUUCAUUUUUCGAACAUGAGCGCUGUUAGCGCUGUAUCUGUAGAACGAAUUCCAUAGCACAUUGUUUUCUUCUGGGUCGAGUUUUUGCAGCCGUGUGCGGACUGCGCGGUUCUCGGCACAGUUGAAACAACUGAUGCCAGAUUUUUGGAGCCGCGGGCUCCGAACGAAUGCACUCGUGCACUCGAAA